CGUCAGCUCCGUUCACAGCAAGCUAACCGAAGCUAUUCGGGUGAUUCAAACUCAAACGUUUCAAGUCAGCCUCCAGGAUGGGAUGUGACGGUGGCACGAUUCCUAAAAGACACGAGUUGGUGAAAGGACCCAAAAAAGUCGAGAAGGUUGAUAAAAAUGCAGAAUUGGCCGCCAAAUGGAAAUACUGUGCCUUGAGCCAGGAAAAACUCCGACGCCCCAUUGUUUCCUGUGACUUGGGAAGGCUGUAUAACAAAGACUCUAUCAUCGAGUAUCUUUUGGAUAAGACCGCCGAGAGACCCAACGUUGAGGCUGUAACUCACAUCCGUGGGAUCAAGGAUAUUAAGGAGCUGAACUUGACUGAUAACCCCGAGUGGAAGGGAGAGCGAAGCAAUACUAAAGGAGACAUAUAUGAAGACAUGCACUGUGGCAUGUUCAUUUGCCCUGUUGUUGGGUUGGAGAUGAACGGCAAGCACAGGUUCUGUUACCUGCAGACCUGUGGCUGUGUCUUUUCUGACAGGGCACUGAAGGAGGUCAAGACAGAAAUCUGCCACAAGUGUGGCGACGGGUUUAAAGUGGAGGAUCUGGUUGUGCUCAAUGGCACGAAGGAGGAGGUGGAGAAGCUGAGGAAGAGGAUGGAAGAGAAGCGGGCCAAAGCCAAAACCAAGAAAUCCAAGAAGAGCAAAGCAGCUGAGACCCAGCUGGUGUCCACAGCGUUGGAAGUCAAAGAGGACACACAAACUGAAGAAGUGGGCCUGACGGGGAGCUCAGAGCAGAAUCCUGGUGAAAGCAGCCAGUCAGCUGUGGCCGGACCCUCUGGAUCCUCCAUUUCCUCUCAAGGCAGCAAGUCUUCCAUGUCUUCCAACAGCAAAAGGUCCUAUCAGGAAAUGACAGAGAAGUCUGAGGUCUUCAAAUCCCUGUUCACCACCCACAGCUCUGCCAAGCGCACCAAAGACCAGACCUCCAACUGGGUCACGCACACCCCGUAUCACUUCUAGGAACCAUCGCUCAUAGCAAAGAUUGCUCCAGAAAUAAAAAAAAACCAUUAACGACGAAGCUAGUCCUACAUUCCCGUCCCUCAACACACACACGUGUGAAAACUCGGUCCCAAUAUGUCUCUUCAGUCCCCUGUAGCUCAGUGUUUGUGUGUUGUCGAUAUUUUGUUAAUGGCUCCCCGAGCUCUUCAGCCUCUUUUGUUUUGUAACUUCACUCCUGUGUAUUCCCCAACCUCUCCAUGUCCCCAGUCAGAGGGGCUCUGAGAAUUGAUGCCAGGUGACAUUUUUUUUUAUCUCUGUCACUCUGCUGUCUCCUUGUGGCCAGAGUGCAUAGUUUUUUAAGGGAUUCCUUCAUCAGGGGCUUCUCAAUUUUAAUAUUCCGUUAAGGCAAAAUAAAGUAGAAUCUCUACAUCUUUAAAGCAUUUUUUUCUGUUAUUUGGUCUUCAGGUUUUUUUUUUUUUAGCUCACCCAGUGUUAGCUUGGUCACCCUUGUUAUACUAUUUAACACAGAACAAUGUGAUAUAUUUUCAUCGCCAUGCUUGUUUAUUUUCUUUAAAAAAAAAAGGUUUAAUUUGUUUAGCAACAUGACGACAUUUGGAAGCAUCUUGGUUAUUAACAGCCACGCAGAUUAGCGAAAAAAUCUUUGACUGUGUAAUACAAGCAUCAAUUUUGGUAGAAAUUUUCGAGACCUAUAUUUUUGAAAAAUGGAAAAAACAAUAUGGCCGCUAUUUUCCAAGAUGGCCACCAGCAGAUGCGGUUAUAUAUAUGUAAUUGGGUUAUCCAAUUUUGAUUAACUCUGAAUUUCUGCUUCCGAGCAAAUGGGUCGAGUCUGGCAUCAUCAACCCCAUCAGCAGUGCUGUUCUUGUCGUCCAUUGUUACAAAAAACCUGCAGCUGACGUCUGCAUCAUGUGUGACUGGUGGGUAUUGGCUGAGGUUCCCAGGUUUGCCAUGCAGUCUAUUUGCCUCCUACCACAAAAGGCUGAUACAACAUUACAGCCGGUGAACGUGUGAAAGAAAAGGAAGCUGCAGACUAACAAAAAGAGCAAUUAAUAAAAAGAAAUGACCUUUAUCUUGAAAAAUGGCAGCCACAUUGAAUUUUCCUUGGCACCAUUGAAUUUCUUGUGUCAAAAUGCAUACAUUUUAAUGUCUAGAUCAACAAAAUAUGUCAAGCCAUUCUAGUUCUACACUGAAACACCAUUAUUACCUUUUUUGGCAACGGCCAUCUUGAAAAAUGGCCGCCAUCUAGGAGUGGAUACCGGGCCUUUCUGAAAGAGUCGUAUUUGGGCAUUAAUCAUACCAAAUGUGGUGCUUGUAUCACCAAGUGAACGAUUGUUAUGGACUAUUGACUUAAUCUGCUGGACUUGCUGAAGCUUCUAAAGCUCAUGAAUCAACAGAAUAUUGCCCUCAGCAGAAUAAAUACAAACAUUCUUAUGUAUUGCAUAACAGAUGUUUCUUAUACUUUAGAAUCAUCAGCAAACUUUUCUUUUAAAAGGAAGACCAUUGACAUGAACAUAUUUAAAUAUAUGUUGGCUUUCAGUUUAACAACUAAAUAUAUUGAAUCAUUACAUUUUAACAGUUGUCUUUUUGAGGACAUUCAGAAUUUGUUCCUCUGGUUUUCAGUUGGAUUGUUUGUUUUCUUUCUUUGAAUGUGACAAGUAAAUGCCAAAAAAUAAAUUUAUAUUGAGUCCA